GUGAAGCUUACAAAGCUUUACCUAGAGUAUCUACGGCGCGCGAACAUUCAGUUAGCGGAUAGAACGGUUUUGAUUACGUGAGACCUCGGCUUCAAGCACCAAACCCUCAACAAAUAAAAGGAGCACAUGACUGAAGGCAUCUUAAGUGUGAAUUUUAUGUGAGACUGACAGAACACCCUGAACCUCCUCUGUUGACAUCCUGAAAGACUGCAUGCUCGUGUAACCACUGUGGCAGGGAGAAGACCCUAAAGUGCAAGUAGCCCUGCACAACAUCACGAGGAAGGCUAGAAUCUCACAACAGUGCUACCUAGAAGCCUCCUUUCCACGUUUGCUAUGGAGAACAAACAAAAUAUUAACAUUAAGGAAGAAGACUGUGAGUGGGAAUGUAUGCAACUUCAGGCAAAUGCUUAUGGAAUUAAGACAGAGGAUGAUUGUGAUUGGGAAGAAGUAAUAAUUAAAGAAGAGUCUGACCCAACAUCUUAUACAACUGUCUUGGAAACAAAUGAAACUGUAAACUGUGUCAAGGUUGAAGACCUUAAGGUGGAGACUGUCUCUCACAAUUUGUGUCCAGAAAAGAGGUAACUGGAGCAGGCUUUACAAAUGCACAUGUGAAGACCGAAUCUUUGUAUUCUGACAUGAGUAUAUCUGAGAAACCAUCAUAUCCAAGGAACUCUGGAGAAGAUUUUCAAGAUGGCACCUUCUUUCCAUCUUCAUUUCCUCAGACCUCUCUUAUCUGUAGACCCCAGCAAAAUGAAAACCUGGAAAAACUGACAUCUGCAGCAGAGAUCAUGAUGCCGAACUUGUUCCCAUAUAGUUCACUGUCUUCUGUGAAACAGGUAGACGCAAUCAACAGUCAGCAUGUGUCUGACACAAAUUCAGCAUCUUUUUAUGUUUACCAAGAGCAGAAUGAUGACACGUAUAAACAAAAAUCUGAAACCACACCUAAGUGGAGUAAUACAAGACAGAGGCCAUUUUGCUGUUCCGAAUGUGGCAAACAGUUCUUGAAAAAAAGCCAUUUCCAGGUCCACAAAAGAAUACAUACAGGAGAGAAGCCGUUUUCCUGUUCUGAAUGUGGCAAAGGAUUCUAUGAGAAAAACAACCUUCAGGCCCAUACAAGAAUUCACACAGGAGAGAAGCCAUAUUCUUGUCCUGAUUGCGGUAAAGGAUUCUCUGAUAAAAGUGGUCUUCGGGUCCACAGAAGAACACACACUGGAGAGAAACCAUAUUGCUGCCCACAGUGUGGGAAGCAUUUCUCCAAAAGUGGCCACCUCCAGAGACACAAAACAAUUCAUAGUGGAGAGAAGCCGUAUCACUGUUCGGAAUGUGGCAAACAAUUCUCGCAAAUGAGUAAUCUUCAGAACCACAGAAAAAUUCACACUGGGGAGAAGCCAUAUUCCUGUUCUGAUUGUAACAAAAGCUUCUACAGAAGUAGCAGCCUUUUAACCCACAUGCGUAUUCACACUGGGGAGAAGCCAUAUAGCUGUUCUGAAUGUGGCAAACGAUUCUCUACAAACAGCAAUCUUCUGACCCAUAUCAGAAUUCACACCGGAGAGAAGCCAUACUGCUGCUCUGAAUGUGGAAAACAAUUUGCACAAAAAGGUAAUCUUCAGGGUCACAUAAGAAUUCACACUGGUUAACCCCUUGAAAAAAAUCAAUAAUGUAAUUAUGGAGACCUUUAAGAGAAGCAGAAUCCUCAGUGUGGCACGGACUGACUGUAUAUUUUUAAAAAAAAAAACUUUGAUUGCAUAUCUUAUGUCUGGAUCCUCAAAUGCCUACCACUGUAUCUUAGCAACCUCGCCCAUGUAUUCAAAAUUAGCACCUAAAAUCAACCAAAUCACCUGAUAGUCACUUCCCUUCUAUUUACAGACCACUUGAUACUAUACAGCUCCAGCCACCAACACCUAGAAGAGCAGCAACCCUUAGAAAAGGAAUUCCCAAAUGACUUCAAAAUGACAUUUGAGCUCACCAUGAGUGCCAAAGAGACUUUAAUGGGAAAUUAACAGUCCAGUGAAGAUAUCAACCUGGUGGAGGAAUCCUCAGAAACUUGGAAGAAUGCUAUAAAUAUGAGGAGAUAAAUGAAGGUGCAGAAAUGAACCAUUGGACACCAUGGCAGAAAAUUGGCACAGAAUACUUUUUUAAGAUGAUCCUCAGGACUUCUCUCAAUGUGCAGUAAAAUCUAGACCAUUACCCAGCUAGCCAUUCCCACUUUACCAUACGGCUUUGGAAUUAUAGACUUGCUACAAACCAACUAAACUAAACACUAAAGUACAAAAACUAUUGUAUGUACCUAAUGCAUACUAAAAAUCUACAUUUCAAGAAACAGACAUGAGCCCAGCUGAAACUGAUAGAAACUUACAGAGCAGUAAUCAUUUGUACUGCAGACAUAGGAUCAAAAUGCAUUGAAAGAACCCCAACAUGAAGUGAGAGAAAAAAAGGAAUCCUCGGUUAUAAAAACUACAAUUUUGCACAAAGGAAGGCAUGAUGCACUCCCCCUGCUUUGGGCUCAGACAAUGGCAGCAGAACCUGUUACAGAGCAGAUACAAGUUCAAAUGGUUGGACCAACUAAAUAGGAAAAGCAAUUUGCAAGACCACAAGUGUAACAGUGAAAAUAAACUGACCUUAAGAAUGAAACUACUGAGGUUGGUUCAUUGUUGUGAGGUUGGUUUAUUCUGUCAUAAAUAAGAUACUGCACUCUAAAUAAACUCUUUCAAUCCUACCUCUGAAUGUCGUAUACUUACAUCUCUGCAGACUUGCAAGAAGGUGGCACUUUCUCCUCUUCUUCGGUUUCCAUAGGCAUCUCCUCAAUAGACCACAGCAAAAUGAAAAUGGGGCAGUCAACUGGAUCAGAAAUUUUAGAUCCUGGCCUUCUUGCUUUUUGGCGUUAUGCCUGUAGCGAAAUCGAUGCACAACCACAAGUGCAAGGUGCAAAUCCAGCAGCUUUGCAUGUGAACCACAUUACUGUUUGGACCGUGGCAAAGCAUCCCUGCACAUAAGAAGUCUUCAUUUUGUUGCUGAAAAUAUUCCACCAUCGUUCCCAAUGAAUUCCAAGAUGGACAUCCUUAAUUACACCUGGACAGUGGAGCCUUGCCCUGUGAACAGUAAGGCUUUCAAUAGCAUAACUGGUUAAUCAUAAGAGAUCUGUUUCUUUUAUCAUUUAGGUUCAUUUACCAUGUAUCUCUCCCACUGUUAAACUGACUUGUUAUUUAGAAUAUAGGAUAAAUGUUCCUGGUGGGAUGCACAUCUAAAACACUCCAAUUAAAUUAAACACAAGCAGUGGGUGCAAUGAAUUAAUUAUAAUUAUAUCUGCUGUUAUAAUAUUGCAAACUCACCCUUAAGUUAACCUCACAAUAUACACAUUUUGUUUUAUGCACACAUAUAUGCACUGCUACCCCUUUUAUUAGCUUAUAUAUAUCUCAAAGCACACAGAUUAGUAAUACUCAACACAAUAAUGGAUAUGUAAAAAAAUAAAUAAGCACACAUUCAGGAAAUAUCCACCUUGAUUAUCUUACAUUAAUUACUUGGCCAAAGUUAUUUCCUUAAAUUGAUGUUGGCAUGCUGUUUUGGAGCAAGUUACCUCCUCCUUCUUUCGGCCUCUCCUAUUUAGGGGUUGCUGCAACUGAUUAUUCGUCUCCAUCUGUCUCUGUCUUUCACAUCAUUUUCUGCCACACUGACUGCCUUCAUAUCCUCCUCCUACACAUCGAUCAAUGUUCUCUUUGGCCUUCCUCUUGCCUGGCGGUUCCAUCCUCAACAUUCUUUUCUCUCAUCUCUCCUCUGCAGGAGUACAAACAAUCUCAAUCUGGUCACCAAACUGUCAUACCUGUGUUAUCCCUCUCUUUCCUAAUGCUGUCAUGCAUUGCAGCCAUGGAAAAGCUGAUACCUUAAUUUCUGUGCACAAUAAAAGCAGUUUCUCUUUUA